AAGAAAACUGACUAGAGAGAAACAGGAAGUGACUCUUUACACAUCACGUAGACAAGAUGAACCAAGAGAAAUAUCCUCGCUCCUCAAUUGAGGAUGAUUUUAAUUAUGGCACGAAUGUUGCGACGGCGAGUGUACAAAUCCGGAUGGAUUUCCUACGCAAAGUGUACACAAUCCUGUCCGUGCAGAUAAUCCUGACCACAGCUUUGUCUGCCCUGUUUAUGUUCUGUGAGCCCAUCAAGAACUUUGUACAUUCCAGUCCCUCACUGGUCUUGCUGUCUGCAGUUGGAUCUCUGUUUUUGAUCAUUGCUCUGGCUAUUUACCGCCACCAGCAUCCCAUCAACCUCUAUUUACUCCUGGGAUUCACCGUGUUGGAGGCCGUGUCUGUAGGUACAGCUGUGACGUUUUAUGAAUACUCAGUGGUAUUCCAGGCCUUCGUGCUCACAUCAGCCGUGUUUGUUGGUCUGACUGCCUACACACUCCAGUCCAAACGGGACUUCAGCAAGCUCGGCGCUGGGCUGUUCGCUGGUCUGUGGAUUCUCAUCAUUGCCGGCUUCAUGAGGAUUUUCUUCCACAACGACACGGUGGAGCUGGUGUGCGCCGGCGCCGGCGCUCUGCUCUUCUGCGGCUUCAUCAUCUACGACACACACGUUCUGAUGCGCAAGCUGUCGCCCGAGGAGCACAUACUGGCCUCAAUCAACCUCUACCUGGAUAUAGUCAACCUCUUCCUGCACAUUCUGCGCAUCCUUGACUCCAUGAAGAAGAACUGAGUGGAGAACCUGCAUGUUCUUGCUUCUGUAAGCUGAUGCAGGUGGCAGGUGAUUUCUGUGUUGUUAGUAAAAAUCAAUUACAUCCAUGAAAUCUUUGUGUAUUGUCUCUUUAGGCUAUUCUUUAGGCCCAUGUGCUGAACAUGCUCGUGAUUUUAAGUCAAAAAGACCAUUGCCAGUUUAUUAGGCACACCAACCUUGCUCUUGCACGGUUUAACAUUAGUUAACUAUAUUAUAUAUUAACUAAUAUACAGUAUAUUAUAUUUAACAUUUUAAUAUUUAUAGUUAAUUAUAUGUAUUGUAUUAUGUGGUUAUCAAGUUUGCCUCACACCUCCAGGGUCGGGGGUUCGAAUCCCGCCUCUCCGUGUGCGCGGAGUUUGCAUGUUCUCCUCAUGCUUCGGGGGUUUCCUCCGGGUACUCCGGUUUCCUUUCCCAGUCCAAAGACAUGCAUUGUAGGCUGAUUGGCAUUUCUAAAUUGUCCGUAGUGUGUGCGAUUGUGCCCUGCGAUGGGUUGGCACCCCGUCCAGGGUGUCCCCCGCCUUGUACCCCGAGUUUCCUGGGAUAGGCUCCAGUCUCCCCCAUGACCAUGUGUAGGAUAAGUGGUAUGGAAAAUGGAUGCCAUCAAAAAAGUUCAGCUAAAAAUGGCACUACUUUUUUUGUUGCUCCAUAGAGGGAAAAGACAUAGCAUUUUAAACAGGGAAAAAAAAAUAGAUCUGCAUUAAAGUGUCAAAUCUAAUACUUUACAAAUGGUGAUGAUUAACCUGUUCAUCCUGUCCUCCCUGUACCCAGUGUAAUGUGAAGAGAACGCCACAGGACAGAUAUUACUUGGGUGUUUUCAGUAAUUGUAUAUAAAAAUGACCCAAAUGUUGCACGAGGGUAGGUGUACCUAAUAAACUGGCACCUAGUGUCAGGGCAUGUCAUCUUGUGAUUUCCUUAUAUUUUUUAGCUGAUCAUUCUGUUUACUAGGGGCGUGACCGUUGGAUGAUUCGGAGUGAUCAAUCGAUUUAAAAGGCAACGAUUGAAUUGAAUCAAGGCAACAAUUGUGAAUUGAUUAUUAUUAAUUAUAAUUUAUUAUAAAUCAAUUCUUCUUGACAAAGGAUGGAUAGCUAGUGAGUAAAAAAAUUAUUCAUAUUUUUAAAUUGAUGUGUAAAUAGGCUAACAAGGUGAUUCGUCCAUAACUCUGAUACUUCUCUACGUCGUCGUGAUUUGAAAUGAACAGCACCCCGGUUUCUGAACAAAGUUGGCCACAUAAUGAUCAGAGGCUACUGAAAUGAAUCACAUAGUAUCAUAGCAGAUUCAGUGGUAUCAUCAUAUAUCUAAUCAUUGCCUUAAGAAUGGAAAUUGUAUUGCGUGGAAGCCCGCGGUUUACACCCCUACUGGUUUAUACAGAAUUAAAUUACUUUCAUAUGUAUAUAUUGCUUUUAUUUUUGGAUUUUAUCUUGAAGAGAAACAUAACUCCUCUUGCACGCUUAAUUCAAAGAGGCACAUUUACACACAGACAAGUAUGCUAACACUUUAAUCUCACUUCAGAUCAUAAUUAGAUAGAUCUACAGCAGAUCACUGACUGGGUAUGAAUUUCAGGAGGUCUUUGAUGCGCUUUGUUUUUAUGAAGAUGUUUAUGAAGAUGUCGGGAACAGAAGUGCCAGUCUUAAUGACGCUGAGUCACUGACAGCAGUGUGAUUCCAUGUAUUUUCCUUUUCAGUGUGUUUAUGAUGAAUACGGCAAUAUUUAAUUGUUUGGGUCAUAAUGAAGUGCUCAUCAGUAAUUAUUGUUAGAAGUUAUCGAUGAUAAAAACAAGAGCUGAAAGAGUUCUAUACAUUGAUCUGCAGUGUUGGUUAUAAUGAGGAGCAAAUUAUUACAGAGGGCCUUUGGAGCAAAGGAUCAUUUAAAAGGGCUUGGUAAUGUCUAAGAAGAAAUGUUUAAAAUCAUGUUUAGUAUGAAUAUGGUGUUCUUGCAGCACGAAGUUGCUUCAGGUAAAUACUCAUACUCCUUUCCCUCAGGGUGGUGCUGCUUUAUGGCCACCACAUUUUAAAAAAAUAUUAAUAAUAAUAAUGUUGAAAGGAACUGCCCAUGGUGACUUUAACUGGGAAACUCUGAAUGAUUCAGGGGUCUAGGACGUGUCUUUAGGACGUGUGUCUUUAGAAAGAGACGGGUCCAUUCAUUUAAGUUCAUUUUGAAUUUUUUUUUUAACUUGCAUUUCUGUGCAGUUUGCAGUGCCACGCUGUGUAUAUGCAAUAUUUUAAAUAUUCUCCUGAGAAUAUAAUGAAACCUAAGUUUAUUUUCCAUUUCAUUGUAAUUUAUUUGCAUAUCUAUAUGUGCAAUAUUAUUGGCGAAAUUGUAGCUCAGCGAUAAAGCAUGUUAUUAACAUUAAAAUUUAAAUUGCUGAAUGUAUUAUUAUCAGCUGAAGUAUCAAUGGGGAUUAAGAUUCUGUAUGUAUAAAGUGAUAUAAUUAAUAUAUUAAAUAUAUGACCUGC